UAGAGAGAGAAAGCUUGCUCCUUUUUCAUCCAGAAGCGGUGAGGGAAGAGAGAGAGAGAGCGCAGCGGUGGCUUGGCUACCUCGGCCCCGCUGGCCUCCACCCUUAAGCGGGACCCACCUCAAUCCAUUCUCUCUCUCUCUCUACAAAAAGCAGCACUUUUUUAUUUUCUCUCUCUAAAAAUCUCUGUUUUUGUUUUGUUACCUGUCUGAUCACUUUCAGUUUCAGAGCUCUGACGCGUUGAGGCGACAGCCAUACUGUUUCCAAAUUUAUUUCCUUUUUUUUCUUUACUUUCGUCGCCGCGUCGUCUCGUCUUGGCCCAGCUGGAAUCAAUUGGUGCUGUUCUCGAAAAAACUUUUUUUUCGCCAAAAUCUCCUCCAUUUCCUUUUUUUUUUGCAUUUUGGGCUUUGUUUGUUAUUGAGAGAUAAAGAAUUUAAUUAAGAGAUAGCGAGAGUUGGGGGUUUUUGAGGGAGAAGAUAAGGGUUUUUUGAUCGAUGGAGACUGGGGGAAGAUUGUUUGCGGGUUCCAGGAAUCGAAACGAGUUUGUGGUCAUCAAUGCGGAUGAUUCUGUGAAGCAAAGAGAAGAUGAAAAAUUGGCUGGUCAAAUUUGUGAAAUAUGCGGCGAUGAAAUUGAGGUGCUAGAGGAGGAAAAGGAGUUGUUUGUUGCCUGCAAUGAAUGUGCGUUCCCCGUGUGUAGAGGUUGCUACGAGUAUGAGAGAAGAGAGGGCAGUCAAUCCUGUCCUCGCUGCAAAACCCGAUACAAGCGUCACAAAGGUUGUGCUAGAGUUGAGGGUGAUGAGGAAGAAGAUGGAGAUGAGGAUAUCGAUAAAGAGUUUAGUUUCAGUAGUUUUGAUGGGAGGGAGACUCGAAGUACUUCUGGCCUAAAGUUUAGAAAGCAGCUCAGUUUAGGGGAUAGCUCUUUCAGUGCAUAUGGAGCCACCCCUAGGACGGACCCUUCCGGUUACAACAUGGACUCCAACAUUCCAUUAUUAACUUAUGGUGAAGGGGUUGAAGGGAUUUCUCCUGAGAGCCAUGCUCUUAUCAUUCCACAUCAUAUGGAUUCAGGACAUACAAUUUCUCGUUCAGGAUCAUCAUUGUGCUCCGCGCAAUCUCGACCAAUAAACCCUAACAAGGAUAUAUCACUGUAUGGCUAUGGAAGUGUUGCAUGGAAAAACCGGAUUGAUGAAUGGAAGAGAAAGCAAUCUGAAAAGAUGCAAAAUGCUUCAAAUGGAAAUCGUGGGGAAUUAUUUGGAGAUGAGGUGGACGAUCCUGACCUACCCACGUCGGAUGAAGGCAGACAACCAUUAUCGAGAAAGCUACCUAUCUCUUCCAACAAGAUAAACCCCUACAGGAUAAUAAUCUUGCUUAGGCUUCUGAUUCUUGGCCUUUUCUUCCAUUAUAGACUUUUGAACCCACUUUCAGAUGCAUAUGGACUGUGGCUGACUUCUGUUAUCUGUGAGAUAUGGUUUGCUAUUUCAUGGAUCUUGGAUCAAUUUCCAAAAUGGUAUCCAGUAGAGCGAGAAACAUACUUGGAUCGUCUUUCACUUAGAUAUGAGAAAGAAGGGAAACCAUCACAGUUGGCAGAUAUUGAUAUAUUUGUUAGCACCGUUGAUCCGAUGAAAGAACCUCCUCUUAUAACUGCAAACACUGUGCUUUCCAUUCUUGCGGUGGACUACCCUGUCGAUAAAGUUUCAUGCUAUGUCUCAGAUGAUGGCGCUGCAAUGCUUACCUUCGAAGCACUUUCUGAGACUUCUGUGUUCGCACGGAAGUGGGUUCCAUUCUGCAAAAAAUACAGCAUUGAGCCCCGAGCUCCUGAAUGGUAUUUUGCUCAGAAAAUUGAUUAUCUAAAGGACAAAGUACAUCCAGAGUUCGUCAGAGAACGGAGAGCCAUGAAGAGAGAAUAUGAGGAGUUUAAGGUUCGUAUAAACAGUUUAGUUGCCAUGGCACAAAAAGCUCCUGAAGAAGGAUGGACAAUGCAGGAUGGGACUCCAUGGCCUGGUAACAAUGUUCGCGACCAUCCGGCAAUGAUUCAGAUAUUUCUUGGGCACAAUGGUGUUGUGGACAACGAGGGAAACAAGUUGCCAAGCUUAGUUUAUGUUUCUCGUGAGAAAAGACCAGGAUUUAACCACCACAAAAAAGCUGGUGCCAUGAAUUCUUUGGUGCGUGUCUCAGCUGUUCUCUCUAAUGCCCCUUACAUUUUGAAUGUAGACUGUGACCAUUAUAUAAAUAACAGUAAAGCUUUACGAGAAGCCAUGUGCUUCAUGAUGGACCCCACGUCUGGAAGCAAGAUUUGCUAUGUCCAGUUCCCUCAGAGAUUUGACGGGAUUGAUCAACAUGACCGAUAUUCAAACCGCAAUGUUGUGUUUUUUGAUAUCAACAUGAAAGGUCUCGAUGGGCUUCAAGGGCCGAUAUAUGUGGGAACUGGCUGUGUGUUCCGAAGGCAAGCUCUGUAUGGAUUUGAUGCGCCAGUCACAAAGAAGCCUCCGGGAAAGACAUGUAACUGUUGGCCAAAAUGGUGCUGCUCGUGUUGUGGAUCUCGAAAGAAGAAUAGAAAAGGGAACAAAAAGCAGAAGGUGAAGCAUAGAGAGACAUCUAGACAAAUUCACGCACUUGUGAGCAUCCGAGAAGAACCUGAAGGACUAGAAAAUGAGAGCGCAUUGCUAGUGCCCCGUCAGAAACUUGAGAAAAAAUUUGGGCAAUCACCGGGUUUUGUGGCAUCCACACUUCAAGAGAACGGUGGAAUGGUCAAGGGCUUGGAUCCUUCUUCACUUCUAGGAGAAGCUAUGCAUGUCAUCAGUUGUGGUUAUGAGGACAAAACUGAAUGGGGAAAAGAGGUUGGAUGGAUUUAUGGCUCUGUGACCGAGGAUAUCUUGACCGGCUUCAAGAUGCAUUGUCAUGGAUGGAGGUCAGUUUACUGCAUACCCAAAAGGCCGGCUUUCAAGGGUUCAGCUCCCAUCAAUCUCUCUGACCGUCUUCACCAAGUACUGAGAUGGGCUCUUGGAUCUGUAGAAAUUUUCUUGAGCAAGCAUUGCCCUAUUUGGUAUGGGUAUGGAGGUGGAUUGAAGUCAUUGGAAAGACUCUCAUACAUAAACUCGGUCAUCUAUCCUUGGACAGCUCUUCCAUUAAUUGUCUAUUGUACUUUGCCUGCAAUCUGUCUUCUGACUGGGAAAUUCAUAGUCCCUGAGAUAAGCAUCUACGCUAGCAUAAUAUUCAUGGCUCUCUUUGCAUCAAUUGCUGCUACUGGAAUCCUCGAGAUGCAAUGGGGAGGAGUGGGCGUCGAUGACUGGUGGAGAAAUGAGCAAUUCUGGGUCAUCGGUGGAGUCUCGUCCCAUCUUUUCGCCCUCUUCCAAGGCCUUCUCAAAGUCAUUGCAGGGGUCGACACAAGCUUCACAGUCACAUCCAAAGGAGGCGACGAUGGAGAGUUUUCAGACCUCUAUCUCUUCAAAUGGACAAACCUAUUAAUCCCUCCAACGACCCUUGUCGUUAUAAAUGUAGUUGGAGUCGUUGCAGGGGUAUCCAACGCAAUCAAUAACGGGUACGAAUCUUGGGGGCCUUUGUUUGGCAAGCUGUUUUUUGCUCUGUGGGUAAUUAUCCAUUUGUACCCGUUCGUUAAGGGAAUGUUAGGCAAGCAAGACAGAGCUCCGACGAUUGUCAUUGUGUGGACAUUGCUUCUUGUUUCGAUAUGUUCGCUUUUGUGGGUGAGGGUUAACCCCUUCUUAGCGAAGAAUGAUGGUCCCGUGUUAGAGGUUUGUGGAUUGGAUUGCAAUUGAAGUGUCCAUAAUUUUUUGCUAGAGAAAGUGUAGUUCUCGUGUAGAUAGAGAGGUUGUGAGUUUUUUUUUCCCAUUUAUUUACAGAUGUUAUUUUUAUUGACAUUCUUUGUUAGAAGGUAGAUUUUUUGUGGGUUGAUCUCCAAAGGGGGAGAUGUUCGUAGUGAAAAGUUGUUAGGGGUUUUGGUCAAGUACUUUGGUCAAGUUAUUCCCCUCUAAUUUAAGUAUAGUUUCUGGAUGUUUGUUACACUUGGUUUCUGGUUCCUUAAGGGUGUGAACUGUUA